AUGACUGGCCGCAGCCAUCCGGCCAAGACGGGCUAUGAACGCCUCGCCCAGGCCGACCAGUUCAGCGACGAGUCGGAUGACGAGCUCCUCGGACAGUCCCAGGGCUCGCUCCAGCCCGCGUCGGUAGCGCGCUUCGGCGCCGUGUCCACCCAGCCCGUUCUCAACCGGACCGGGAUGCAGACGUCCUCGUCCGUCAAGGGAGCCGUCGGCGGACCGGCGAGGCCGCGGGCACGUCAGCGCGUGGGUAGCAACGCCGGCGUCGACCUCAAGGCCAUCAAUGCCCGCCUGGAACGGUGGGCCGACGAGAUCGCCGCGCGGUUCAAGCGCAGCGGCGGCCGCACCGACUCGGCCGACGACGUCCACCUCGAGAUCCACCACUCCGUCUUCCAGCCGCCCGAGGGCGUCCGCCCCAUCACCCCGGAAGAGCUGGGCGGGCUCCAGCCGGGGCUCAUGUCGCAGGACGAGUUCGAGGCCAUCGUCGACAGCGUGCGCAGCGCCAUCGAUCAGGAGGUUCACCCUAGCAUGAUCUCCCAGGGCAGCUCCGGCAGCUACUUUGCCCGCGACCCGGACGGCAAGAUCGUCGGCGUCUUCAAGCCCAAGGACGAAGAGCCCUAUGCGGCCGGAAACCCCAAGUGGAACAAGUGGAUUCAUCGCAACCUCCUGAUUCCCAACCUUUCGUACGUCAGCGAAGCCGCCGCCUACGUCCUCGACUGCCAGCUGCGCACCCACCUCGUCCCCUACACCGACGUGGUGUGGCUCUCGUCCAAGUCGUUCCACUACCCCUUCUGGGACCGCCGCAAGUUCAAGCGCAAGAAGACACCGCUGCCCGCCAAGCCGGGGAGUUUUCAGGUCUUUCUCAAGGGCUUCAAGGACGCCAACGUCUUCCUGCGCGAGCACCCCUGGCCCGACCAGUACUGGUCGGGAUUCCGGGCCAGCGACACGGGCCGUCGGAAGGGCGGCAGCAAGAGGCGGUGGGCCGAGAACUGCCGACCGUCGUCGACCCCGCCCCGCCUCCAGGACGAGGACGAGUACAACAGCGGGAGGGACGGCGACGGCGACGGCGACGACGAUGACGACGACGGCGACGGCGACGACGAGAACCGCGGCCGCGGCCGCAACUCGCCCACCCCGCAGCAUUUUGCGUGGACAGAGCCGCUCAAGCAGUCGUUCCGCGAGGAGCUCGAGAAGCUCGUCAUCCUCGACUACAUCAUGCGCAACACGGACCGUGGCCUCGACAACUGGAUGGUCAAGCUGGACUGGGAGACGGGCAAGGCGUCCAUCGUGAGCGACCCGCUGCGGCUCAACAUGGAGCCGGUCGCCGAGGAGAACUCGCCCGGCCCCGCACCUCGUCCCGCCCCGGUCCAGAGGACGGCCAGCAACCCGGCCCCGCGCGCCGCGAACCCCUACAAGAGCCACAAGCCGAUGAACGCCACCAGCCGCAAGGCCGCCGCCAACGUGCCUACCGUCAGUCUCGGCGCCAUUGACAAUUCCCUGUCGUGGCCCUGGAAGCACCCUGACGCCUGGAGAAGCUUCCCAUUCGGAUGGCUAUUCUUGCCGGUCGACCUGAUAGGUCGACCGUUCUCGCAGAAGACGCGCGACCACUUCCUCCCGCUCCUCACGUCGACAGACUGGUGGAGCCAGACUUCGAUGGCACUCAAGCACGUCUUCCAGAACGACAACGACUUCAAGGAGCGCAUGUUCGCCAAGCAGCUGGCCGUCAUGAAGGGGCAGGCGUGGAACGUGGUGGAGGCGCUCAAGACACCCGACCACGGCCCCCUGGAGCUCACCCGGCGCACGAAGGUCUGCGUGUGGGACGACCUCGUCGACGUUCCCGUCGCGGUGCCGAUGCAGCCCACGUCCCCGCGGAACUCGACGUCUGCCGUCGCCGCUACGGCUGCGUACGCCCAUGCCUCGCGGGACAAGUACUCGAUGGACGAGGCCGACAUCGCCGCCUCGGCACCGGCCAACCAGAGCAACAGACGAUACUCAUUCACGCCGGUCACCAUCACGCGUCGCAGCAGCGGCAGCAUAGCGCAGAGACUGUACAACGGUGACGAUCUGGAGGGCGAUCUGGGCUACACGGCUGCAGAGGGUCAGAUGGGUAAUCAGCGCAAAGUCAUUGUCGAGAGACUUGAGGCUGUCAAGAGUAGUCCAGUCUUUACGUGGUGUUAG